AUAUUUGUGGGUAGGGCAGAAAACAAAAGAAAAGACAGAAAUUGCACGUCAGACUUAGCAGUAGCUCGCUGGAGUGGUCUAAUUCCAUCGUAUAGAGAGAGAGAGGAUUACAGAGUUGAUAUCCUCUUCUCAUCCACACCUCUCUCUCUCUCUCUUAAAUCUUUUCUCCUUAUCUUGUUUUGAUUCAUAUGGUUCUUUUUAGUUGCAAAGAAACUAAACCUUGUUUGUUGGGGGUGAUGCCAAACUAAAGGAAGAAGAAAUCAGCAAGAGUAUAGGGAAUAGAAGUUUUUGAGGUUCAAACAACUACAAAAAGAAACUAGAUUUUUGCCUCUAUUCAUGUCUAUUUUCUUCACCUAGCUAGCUACUUUAGCCUUUUCUAGUUACGUUUGGUUUUGUCUUUAGAUCUAGCAUACACAUCCACUCAAUCUCUCCUUCUUUGUUCUAGUCUUAAGCAAAAAAGCCUUUGCUUCUGUAGCUAGCUAGCUAGAUGAUGAAUAUUCAUCAAAAGCAACAACAUGUUCAUAUAGUAGAGGAAAACAUGUCCAAUUUAACUUCUGCAUCUGGUGAAGCAAGUAUAUCAGCUUCUUCCAACAUGAAUGAUACUACUACUGGAGGCAUUUUCAUUCCCCAGAAUCAAAAUCCACACCACCAACAACAAAUCAAGAAAAAGAGAAACCAAGCAGGCAAUCCAGAUCCUGAAGCAGAAGUGAUAGCUUUGUCACCCAAGACACUACUGGCAACCAAUAGAUUCUUUUGUGAAAUCUGCAACAAAGGUUUUAAAAGAGAUCAGAAUCUGCAACUCCAUAGAAGAGGGCACAAUUUGCCGUGGAAGCUAAAGCAAAGAACAAAUAAGGAAGUGAUUAGAAAGAAGGUUUAUGUUUGUCCAGAGCGCAGCUGUGUGCACCAUGACGCAUCUAGGGCAUUAGGUGACUUAACUGGAAUCAAGAAACACUUUAGCAGAAAGCAUGGUGAGAAGAAGUGGAAAUGUGAGAAAUGUUCAAAGCGUUAUGCAGUUCAAUCUGACUGCAAAGCUCUCUCCAAAACCUGUGGCACUAGAGAAUACAGAUGUGAAUGUGGUACCCUUUUUUCAAGACGGGAUAGUUUCAUCACACACAGAGCUUUCUGCGAUACUUUAGCAGUGGAGAGUGCAAGAUCAGCAAUAACUGGAGGAAAUCCAAUAAUUAGUUUCCCAUCCCAAGCAGCUGGUAGUAGUUCAACAUCUCAUAUGAAUCAGCUCCAGUUUCAAACACCUCAGUAUUUUAACAGCCAUGAAUUCCCAGCUUCUGCGGCAUUUUCCAUGAAAAAGGAGCAGCCAAGUCAUGAUUUCAAUGUUCUAAGACAUUAUACUGAGAUUCCUCAAUGGCUAAUGACAUGCCAACCAUUUGUUGGAGCUGGUCCUGGCCCACCCUCAUCACCUGCUGGCUUUAGCUCAUCAGUAUUCCAAGCCACUAGGUUAGAUCAAGAAUACACGCAGAGCCACCAAGAUUUAACGUCAACUGAUUUCCAUGACAACCCAAACCCUAAUUUUGGAGG